CAUGGAAAACUGUAGAUCAUAAACAAGGAAGAGAUAUCCCUGGUUCCGACUAGUUCACUUCCUUUUUGUCAUCGAAGUUUCCAGCUUGACAACUUAUGGUGUUAACGCUUUUUGAUUAAAUCUGAAUAAGAUCAUCCUCUGAGCAAAUUUUGCUAAGUUAAUAUUGAACAAGUGAUCUAAAUUAUUCAGUGAAAGAACCGCAUCAUCCAAAAUGAAAUGAUUUGUUGGCCAUUUUUGCACCGCCGCUUGACAUCCAUUUGCGCACACGCAAGUCCCGUGUAAAACAUGGCCGGUAGAAGUUCGUUCGACGACAAUAGGGAUUAUGGAGGCGGCGGUCGCCGAGGAGGCAGAAGACCAUUGCCAACUGAACCACCAUUCACCGCUUAUGUAGGCAACUUACCUACAGGAAUAGUGCAGGGCGAUGUCAAUCGCAUUUUCAAUGAUUUGCAUAUCAAGAACACGCGCUUGGUUAUGGACAAGGAAACCGACAGGUUUAAAGGUUUUUGCUAUGUUGAAUUCGACACUCUUCAGGAUUUGGAAUCUGCUGUUAAUAUGAAUGGAGAAAUCGAAGUAGAAGGAAACAUUAUUAAAGUCGACGUAGCAGAAGGUAAGAGAAAUGACCGAGGCGGAGGAUUUGACAGAGGUGGUCGAGGUGGUGGAAACCGCAUUAGAAGCGGAGGUUUUCGAGGUGGCGAUCGACCUCAGCAUGGCGGCUACAAUGACUCGGACAUGGACAGAAGAGGAGGUGGAGGACCAUCACGAGGAGGUCCAGGAGGUUUUCAGGAUGGACAACGUGGCGCUCACAGAGGAAACUAUGGAAACUUUGCCGGCGAAGAUUCAUGGGGUGGCGGGCAAAGGGGCGGCGUUCCAAGAACGGGAGGUCCCAAUAACUUUGGUGGCGCUCAAGCGGCCCCUAGAAGAGGGCCUCCUGGAGCGGGAAAUGAAAGACGAUUUAACGAUGAUGUACCUGCAGCAGCACCAGAUACAAGCGGUAGACAACGGCUGAAGUUGCUACCUCGGACAGUGAAGGACCCUGUAAACAGUCUUGCAGAGUCAACGAGGAAUGCAGCAAUAUUUGGCGGCGCAAAACCUCGUGAGGAAAAGUUAUCCGAAACGCGCGAAUAAGUAAGACUGACGUUCGCCCAGCAUCCGCCAUUAUCGAAAAAAAAAUGAGUGGGUGAAGCAGUGUACUAGUGACGUUGUGCGGUAGGGAGAGUCGGGAGUGAGAAGAGACUUACUUGCAAAAGGAGAAAAUAUAACCACUCUCCUCUAUUCCGCUUGACACAUUAAUAUAGCUGCAAUAAAUAUAUGUAAAGUU